GUGUUGGCUUACACGCAAAGUUUCUGACGGCACGUCACCAUAACAAAACAAAAAUUAUAAAUUAAAAUUGCUUGAACCGAGGACAUGGACAAGGAUAAAUUCACGCUGCAGUCCAUUCGGCAAGACCUCAUCGACAACAAUUUGCAAGCCAAGGCGAUUAUACAGGACAUAGUAAACAGUAGAACCACUAUUGUCGAGCUUGAGGAGUUAAAUGAAGCUGGACGGGCAAAGCUGUCGGCCAUUCGCAAAAACAUCGAGCGCUUGGAUGAUUGGGCACGGGACAUGGCCGACACCUCGUUGGCCAAGGAGGUAGACACACAUAGGGAUCAGUUCUCAAAAACAUUGCAGGCAUUCCGUAAAGCAAAUGUAGCGACAAUGCUGGAGAUCGAGAAAGCCAACCGAGAGGAGCUGAUGGCAAUCACUGGCGAGAGUGAGUUGCGGCAGCGCACCACAGCGAGGCCGCGACACAACCAGGGAAGUCUGGUGUCGCAGGAGAACGAUGUAACCGAGAAGAUGCUGGCCAUUUCGCGGCAUCUGUCAGAGACAACACAGAAAAGUGCCGUCACGCUAGAGACCCUAGUAGCGUCGUCCCAAAAUGUAGAGGCAACAAGCGACGAGCUGCAGCACACAGCCGGUAGCAUCAAAAUGUCCGGAAAGCUGCUCAAAAAGUACGGUAGACGCGAAUGCACCGACAAGAUGCUGGUAUUCUUUGCAUUUUGUCUGUUCCUUGUUUGUGUCUUUUACAUUGUUCAAAAGCGUCUGUUUUAGUUAGGAACACGAUUCGGUGUGUAACUUAAGAGUUUCGCUUUGUCGUUUAGGGAAUAGUUCAUGUAAACAACAGGCCAUAUGGCGCCUCUAAAGCUAUGAAUUUGUAAUCACAAUGUAAAGUUUGUUUCUAGCCUAAGCACCCUACUGUUAGGAACCUAAUUAAGCGCUAUUUGCUCUUAGUUUAUUGAUCUUAGUCAAAUUUCCAAAUUGAAAAUGUAAAUUACUUUUUAUAAAUGUACUCGUGCUAAUACGGACACCUGGGCACUCCGCCCGGAUUAG